AUGGCGGCAGGUAGUAGAAUGGUCCCCGGAUACGUACCAGCAGAUGUUUCUGGAGCAGCUUUUCUUAUGCAAAGGGAACUUCAAUGGUUUGAGGUGCUGGAAGAUAAGAGUCCUCCUUUGAUAAAAAGUCUAAAAUUUGAGGUAAAAGAAGAUAAGAGCAGUCCUUCUAAAAGUCUGGAAUUGAAAGAAACAAAAGAAAGGAGCGGGAAGACAUACUGGGGAGUUUUUGUAGAACAGCGAAAAGAUUUGGUCAAAGAGGCGGGGCAAUGGAUAAAGGAUACGUCAUCAUCUUGUAGCGUCAUAUCAACCCUCAUCUUUACAGUAGCUUUUACAAUACCUGGAAGCAACGAUAGGGGUAACCCGGUCUUUCUAAAAAGGGACUCAUUCUUGGUAUUUACCGUUGCAUACGCUUUAUCUCUCUUCUCCUCUGUCACCGCCACCUCGAUGUUCUUGGCUAUCCUAACCUCACGCUAUGCCGCAGAAGAUUUUCUUCAUUCACUACCAAGAAAAAUGAUACUAGGCCUCACUUUUCUCUUCCUCUCUUUCGUCUUCAUACUCGUGGCUUUUGGCUAUGCUCUUGUGAUUGUCCUAAGCGAACGAUGGAAGUGGAUUUACAUCCCCAUUACUUUGUUGGUGGUCAUCCCUGUCAUAUUGUCUGCAAUACUAAAGCUUCCCUUAUAUGUUGAAAUGGUUGAAUCCACCAAUUGGCCUCGCCUCUUCCGUCCUGUGAAGAUUUGGAAAUGA